AAUUUGAGACUGUGAUGAUGGUAAUAAUGGAGAAUGAUCUUGUUAUUGUGUGUUUCAUAACAUGAGGAUCAUUUCAUCAACAUUUGUAUUUGGGAGUUCCUAGUCUGGCCAGUCACCUUGACAACAUUGGCCCAAUGACAGCGCACACGCGAACUAGGCCAGCCAAUCAGAGGCGGCCGCCGGAUCUGCCUGUCAUGUGUGCCCCGCUUCAACCUGCACCGUGUUGUGUUUGUGUGUCUGCGGACAUGAUGAAGCCCCGCAAAUCACGCAGCGACUCCCUCACGACCCCCCGCACAUGAGGACCCCGGUCACCGCAGAGGACGCACGGAGCCGGGCCGAAAGGCAGCAGCACCGCCGCCGGGACUCGGGAGCGAGGCGGCGCUGGAUGCGAAGCAGCGGAGUCUGACUUGGCGUUUUUUCUCCCCGGUGACAGAGACACAAUCUCCGCGGCGCAUCUCCUCGCGUCCUCCCCGCCCUUCUCCUCCUCCUCCUCCGCGGCCGCAGCCCGCCGACCAUGGCCCUGGUGACUCUGCAGCGCUCCCCCACCCCCAGUGCAGCAUCCUCGGCCAGCACGACCAACAGCAGUGCGGGGGAGGACUUCGGGAGUGAUGAUGACCGGAAAACUAACCAGAGCCUCAGUGAGAGUUUCUUCAUGGUCAAAGGAGCUGCCCUCUUCCUCCAGCAGGGCGGCAGUGCACAAGGACCAGAGACACCGAGCCACCACAAACAUGCAGGUGAUCUACCUCAACACCUGCAGGUCAUGUUUAAGAUCCUCCGCUCUGAAGAUCGCAUUAAACUGGCAGUGCGGUUAGAGAGCGGAUGGUCGGACCGGGUGCGCUACAUGGUCGUCAUCUACACCAACGGUCAUCAAGAUACAGAGGAAAAUAUCGUCCUGGGAAUGGACUUUACAGACAAGGACAAUAAAAACUGCUCCAUUGGGAUGGUGCUGCCACUGUGGAGUGAUACCAAUAUCCAUUUAGAUGGAGAUGGAGGUUUCAGCGUGAACACAGCAGGGCGGUCACAUGUCUUCAAGCCUGUGUCCGUGCAGGCCAUGUGGUCUGCCCUGCAGGUCCUCCACAAAGCGUGCGAGGUGUCGCGCCGGUUCAACUACUUCCCAGGGGGCAUUGCCCUCACGUGGAUGGCCUUCUAUGAGAGCUGCAUCACCUCGGAGCAAAGCUGUGUCAAUGAGUGGAAUGCCAUGACCGACCUGGAGACCACCCGGCCUGACUCACCCACCAUGUUUGUCGACCGGCCAACCGAGCGAGAGAGAACAGAGUGCCUCAUCAAAGCUAAGCUACGCAACAUCAUGAUGUUUCAGGACCUGGAGAACAUCACGUCGAAGGAGAUACGUAACGAGCUGGAGCAGCACAUGAGCUGUAACCUGAAGGAAUACAAGGAGUUCAUAGACAACGAGAUGCUCCUGAUCCUGGGUCAGAUGGACAAGGCCACACUUAUCUUUGACCACGUGUACUUGGGCUCAGAGUGGAACGCUUCAAACCUUGAAGAGCUACGUGACUGCGGAGUGGGCUACAUCCUGAACGUGACCAGAGAGAUUGACAACUUCUUCCCAGGGAUGUUCUCAUAUCACAACGUGCGUGUGUACGAUGAGGAUGCCACCGACCUGCUGGCCCACUGGAACGACACCUACAACUUCAUCGUCAAAGCCAAGAAGAAUAACUCCAAGUGUCUGGUGCACUGUAAGAUGGGGGUGAGCCGGUCUGCCUCGACAGUUAUUGCCUAUGCAAUGAAAGAAUAUGGCUGGUCUCUGGAGAAAGCCUACAACAUCGUCAAGCAGAAGCGGAGUAUAGCCCAGCCAAACGCUGGCUUCAUGAGACAGCUGGCGGAGUAUGAGGGAAUCCUGGAUGCCAGCAAACAGCGUCACAACAAGCUAUGGAGGCCUGAAACAGAUGAGGAGGGAUCAGAUGAUUUGCAAGCGUCUGGCCACUGCACUGGUGGAGAGGAGACAUCCGGGCUCAGAGGAGAGGAAGCCUGGGGAGGCUGCGGUGCAUCUCCCUGCAGGGUCAUGGGUCUGGAGAUGGAGCCCCUUGACUCUCUUAACUAUAAUUACUAUUUCAGACGUUUGUCAGACUCUGCGUUAGACAGCGAGCCCUCCACCCCAGUGCGGGGCCCCCCGCUACUGGGUAUGGAGAGGGUUUUCAUUGAGAUUGAAGACGUGGAGAGAGACGCCCUAUUGGAGGACGAGGGUUUUCCCAUGGCCCAUUUAGCUCUACCUGGCGAGGGCACGGCCGCGCAGACUUGUGGCCGCCUCGACCCCCUGGAGGACAUGAGACUAAGACUUGAGUUCAGUACUUUGGAGGAGGAGGAUGAGGAAGAGGCAAAGAAAGAGGAAGCUGAGAUGGCAGCCUUGGCUCAAACACCUGGAGGAUCAGAUGGGAAGAGAGCAGGGGAGGAGGGUGAGAAGACGGAGGAAAGACGGUUAGGUCUCGCCAACCUUAACACCAACAACAGCAACCGGCUAGCUGCAAAACGCAGCUGCCCUGCAGCUUUUGAUGACAGCGCGAGCACAGGAAACCCUUUAAAGGUGAAGCCCUCCUAUCAGUCCUGUAAAGACUGCUUGCGUCUGCCACAAGGUCGGCGCUGUGACCGUCCAGCAGGAGGUCGUUCCCACCGUCUCAACCCCUCCCGCCACUGCACUGUCCCAACUAUAUACAUAGAUCCGCCCGGGACCAACUUUGCUUCCACUCCAAUUCUGCAGUCUCUGCCGACCCCUGCAGUUGUCCCUCCUGAUGUAAUCCAGCCCUGUGCUCACCUCUACCGCUGUUCCACAUGCGCCCCAGGCAUCCCACCAGCGCAUCGCCAGAAACUGGUCUCACCCAUGAGCUGCGAGGAGACGCCUCCUGACUGCGGCUCAGUGGAGGCAGAGGACAUGGACCAACCAACUGCGGAAAACGUGGAUGUGCAGCUAAGAGAGGUUUCAGGGACGGUCAGUACUGCUACUGCUGAAGGUUUAAAACUACAACCUGGUGAUGCAGCCGAGUUCCAGCAGCAGGCUCUGGCUCAGCUGCAAAUGCCAGGACUGGGGAUAGAGUUUGGUCUGGAACUGAUGCGACAGAGGGCGGAGCAGCUUGAAAAGCUGCCGAGCUUGGCGAUGGAGGGUCAGCUCCCAGUGGGCCCCCUGCCUUAAAGGAGGACCUGGAGGAGGAACACUGCCUCCAUCGGGUACACUAUGAUGGCUGAGAGCCUUUAGAUGACUGCAGCUGUGGUGUCGUACCAGAAAUGAAGCACGAGUCUGACCUGUUCCGUCAAUUCCUGGCCUCAAGCAGCUCUCUGUGCUUUUGCGUCUGCUGGCAUGAAGAAUGAGAUGAGGCUGGUUGUUUUCACCGUCACACCAUUAAAAGCUUCUGGCCAAACUGGGACUGAAGACUUCUCUCAUGUCCCAUGGAGUUGCUGCCAUUUUACCAUCAACACGCAGGUUUUGUGGUGGUUUCUAAGAUCUACUCGUUCCUUUGUGACUCCUGAGAGAGCUGUAGUUAACACUUUGAUGUUGAUGGAAAGAAAAAUACCUGGAGUAACCUGCUUCUGUUGGUGUCCUGUAUAUUUUAUCAAUCCAACUCAUCAAGAGUAUCAAGAGGAGCUCAAUGAUUUUGAGCCUGUUUGAUUCCAGUCCGUAUGUCCUCAUGUUACCACGGAUAAACGGAAUCCCUGUUCAACUUCAUUUCUAUUUCUCUUGCCGCAGCUGCUUUUGCAUCACGACGGGGCGUUUUCAUGUGAAAGCUUAAUCAUUUUUAAAAAAGGAUUUGAGCUAAGUGAGCAUUUGAAAAGCGUCGUACCUCGGACCACAAAUAUCUGUCGGACUGUUUUUGGUCAAAGACUUUUGUUUCUGCUCAGUGGCUGGUUCACCCCCCCCUCCAUUAAUGUAAUUAUGUCCUUCAAGUGCUCAGUUUAGCCACGCAUGACUUUGCAGUAUUACAAAGCAUAUCCUCAACGUGCUUACGCAGAAAACACAUUAAAAUCACCUUUAAUUUUCACCAAGUUUUUGAAACAUUACAACAUCCAGGCAUCAAGGAACAAUGAAAAGCUUAAAUAUCACUCACUCUUAUUCAGGUCAUUUCUGAUGUAACUAAAGCCAUAUCAUGUUGCCAGGUUCAGUUUGCACCUAAUUAUUCUCUGGGAAACCAUCAAAACAAAUUCUCUCAAUCUAAAAGAAAGUGAAAGAAACAUUCCUGAAUUGUCCAGAUCAGUGCCAAAAUUUCAAGGGAUCUAUUUCAGCACGUCUCAUCAUUCCAUAAAGUUUUAUGGAAAUCCGUUUGGUAGUUUUUUGCGUAAUCCUGCUUUCAAACAAACAAACGGACAGGGGUGAGAACAUAAUCUCAUUGGCAUUGGUAAUUAUAGUCAAUAAAGAAGCAGAGCACAGUUUCAUUUAACCAGUGAAACAUCUGGCUGUUAUGUAAUAGGCUCAUCCCAUAAACUUUUUUGGUAAUAUGUUGAAAAACCUUAGACUACCUUUUGCGAACCCACAAUUAUUUGCAAAGGCACAAUGAUCACGUAUAGAUUUAACACUCGAGCACAACUCUAGUAUCCAUUCACAGCGCACAGGCAUAGUUCAGAUGUAUAUUUACAUUUAUUAAGAAUUAUUUCAGAGCACUAAAUCAAAAAAAAAAAAAAAUCAAAAUGAAAAAUACACAUUUCAAAGAAGUAUGCUUUUCCUUAGCUUGCAGUUUUGACACCAAUACUGUAAGAAUUAUUGAAUUGAUCCAUCAAUCAUCAGACAGAGGCUGGCACUAACUUUUUUGUUGCUAAUUUACUUAAAUACUUAAAAUAUAUAUAUUAAUUAAUUAACUGACAAGACCAGAUUUCCUUUUAUUUUUUAAAUAGAGGUAACCGGUUAAAAAAAUUGCAAAGCCCACUUUCACAGUCCAUCAGUUCUUCAAUAGUUAUUUAAACUUUUCAUAAUGCACAUCAACAGCUUGAGGUAUAUUUUUUAACCUGUUUGGUUAAAAUUAGGCCACCUAUCCAAAGUUGCUGUGCCGCAGGACGUUAUUCUUUGGUUUGAUGUUGUGUUGCGAUUGUUUUUUGGCACGCUGGGUGUGCUAGAGUGGUUCUGAAUGAUCCCUGUUUAGAAAAAGCACAUGCAAGUGUUAUUACUGUGUUUAGAGAUCCGAGUGCUUCAGGAGAACUCUUCAAAGAAUGGAUGCAAGUUACUUAAUCAUCGUUUUAAUCAUUUCUUUAAAAUCCAUCUGUAGAAACUUAAAGGGAAAAAAAAACAAUAAUUCCUCCUCUGUUCCUUCUCCUCUCUUAAAUGAAUCCCAGGGAGCUGCAGUUUUGCUCCACUAGUUAGAUUUAAGUAAUGUAGUUUAGCCUGUAACCUGCUCCUUCCAGUCAUGUGGACAUUUGAGUCUGGUGCAGCACCUACAGGAAGUUGCCAUGAAUAGUUCACAGCUGAAAGUAUUACAAAGCGCAGUGUACAAGACAGACUAAAGGAAUAGUAUAUUGAGGAUAUGAAAUAUUUAGUUCAACAUAAAGACUGAAGGAAAAGUCUGGUUCUGAAAGAUCUCGCACCUCUAAACUUAUUUUUGCGUAAAAAUCGCAAAAACCAAAAGUGUACAACAUAAUUUUUCAAGUAAGCUGGAAGUAAGGGUGCUGAGGGGGCUGCAGCACAUCCCACUGGUAAAUGGCUGUAAGUGCAAGGCAAAAAAAAUUAGAUUUCCUGGAGUAACAUUUUGAGAAGCUCAGUGGUAGGUGUAUAUCAAUUAUAACCCUAAUGAAAUUUUCAAUUUUGAUUUAAUCUUCCAGCAUUCAGUGCAUUUUCUGUAGCUUCUGCAUGCACAAGUGUAGAACGCAUCAUUGAUGAUGAAAGGAUAAUGGAUGUAAGUGGUGGAAUUACAAGGUUAGAUUUUAUUUUACUGUCCCUUGACUGUGUCAUUGCUAUAGAAUAUAUCUUGAGUCAAGAUGGGUAUGAUUUAAUUGCCCUGCUCACUUCCAGUCUAAUUGUCAUUUUUACACAAAGCCAUGUUUGCUGUUCCUCCAUUUGUAGUCCUUAUGCUAAGCUAAAUGACCACAUUAUGUUUUCCAUUCAGACAUCACAGUGAUACCUCCUCCUCCAACUCUUAACAAAGCAAACAAGCCUAUGUCUCAAAUCUCAACCAAUUCCUUUAGUGUAUUCUUCAUAUAAUUCUAAAUGAAUCCAGUGGUUCUCAGUAAGUUAAUGGCCUGACGACGGUGCUCGACAACUCUCCGUUUGUGUUUCCUGCCCGCAGCACAGAUAUUUGGUUGUUUGCUUCACGUGUUGAGUUUGUUUUUGCAUUUAAGUGCCUUAACCUCGGCCUUAGCUCCGCCAUAAAGCAUCACAGGCUUUGCAGUUUCUGAGAGUGUGUUGAAGGUCUGAUUUAUUUAUUUUUUUUUUUUGUACAUGACUUCCCCUCACUCCCAAUAAUAACCACGCUCUUUGCAUUGUAUAACUCGGCACAUUGAUAUAAUGUAUGCAAACACAGAUAAGCUCAUGCACAGCAGCCUCCUCUUCCUCAACAGACACAUACUUGAUGGACUUCCAUUUAUUAAAUAGCCUAUAAUAAUAUUGUACUUGUUUGAUAUUGUUGAAACUUGUGGUAUUGGUUCAAUAGCUGGCUGAGGAACCUUACUUGCUGGAAUGAGAACUAUCAUUUAUUUACAUUAGAGCAUAAGAUAAGAAGGAUUUAAUUAAGUCUCUGACAUUUACCAAUCUGUAAAUACUUUUCUCUUCCAUUUACUAUUGAGUCGACUAGCUUGCAGAUGUGGUCAGUAUUAAGAAAAGCACUGAUUAUGCUACUGUGUCUCGCACACAGAGAAAAAAAAUACGAUUCGGAGGUCAUCUCUAAUUUAGUCACAUGACUUACAGCUCUAUUAAAAAUGAAAAUUAUUGAAUUUUUUGUAUUAUUAUUAUUAUUGCAUCAUUCCCAGGCAUCAAACUGACAAUCCUACUUUAAGGGCCAGAGGCUGAGGAAGGACAUUAAAUAAGACAUAUAUUGUACUUUCAGGUGAUGGGGGGCAUUUAUAGAGUGGAUUCAUACAGAGCACAAGUUUGCCCCCUAAUGCAUGAGACGAGUGGAAAUUGCAGAACAUGAAAAACCUACCUGGGAGGGGGAUUUUGUUGAUCGUCUUUUGUUUACUUGUACUGUACAUUGCCAAUGUUCAUGUGUAAUGCACUUUUUUUUACAUUUUGUUAAACUGAUGUCCAGUCUAAUGUUUAUCAUGGAAAUAAACCAUUUCCUCU